UGAUAAAGAAGGGUUAAUUACUAGUUGUGAAGAAUUGAAAAUAAAACUGGAUAGAAAGGGGAGAAGUGAUAUUGACAGCCAAGAACAUUUUACGGAAAUUUUGAAUAUUAUCAACUUACUACUAGUUGAUGUGACAUCAACAAAAGAAGUGCUUCAAUAUAUUACCAAGAAAAAUACCUAUAGUCUAAACUUUGCAUAGCGCUUUGAAUUAUGCUGACAAUUCCAGUCACUGUUACUACUGGGGAGAGGUCUUUCUCCAAGCUGAAAUUGAUUGAGACAUAUUUUAGGACCAUCAUGUUACAAGAGCGGCUCCAUGGGCUAGCAUUACUGAACAUUGAGCAUGAAAUAAGCACUAGUCAAAAGUACGAGGAAUAAAUAAGAGAGUUUGCUAUAAUUAAGGCCAAAAAGAUUGCAUUGUAAAUUUGGAAGAUUAUUGUUACUAUUAAUAUAACGAUUUAUAUAAAACCGUUUAAACCGUGAAAGUUAUAUACAUUAAUGCAAAAAAAAAAAUCCAUACAGAAAAUAUUCGAAAACUUUUUUCUUUUUUACAAUAAAUGGCUACGAUAACGACAAUUCAAAAAAUUUAAUGAUAUUUGAUCCUCGUUUUCGUUACUGUAACUGUUUUUGUAAAAGUCCGUAUUUGCACGAUAGUCGAACGACAAUACUCGCUCGAUCGAGCGAGUUUCGAGCGAGAUCGAGUGAGAACGACAAUACUCGCUCAAGCGAGUUUCGAUCGAAACAUUAAAACAUUGAACUUUGAAGAAAUAUUCAAUAAAACAUUUUCAAAACCAUUUUGUACAUUAACUAAUCUACAUUUUUUAUUUAAUAAUAUAUUUCAAUUAAUAUGGGCAAACACAAAAGUAUAUCGUACGAGGAAGAGUUAGACAGAUUGAAAAAAGAACAAAAACGUCGUAAAGAAUUGUUUAAAGCAAAUGAGACUGCAGAGGAAAAACGCUUGCGCAGGUUAGCCAAAAAAGAAGCAAAGUUACAAAGAAUGAAAGAGAAAUUAGGAGUUGGUGAUCUUGGUUAUACAGAUACUAAUAAUCCAUUUGGAGACAGUCACUUGACAGAAAGUUUUGUGUGGGAAAAAAAAUUUGAGAGUGAGGGUAUCAAGGGAGAAUUUGAAUCUAGAAAGCGUCAGAAAGAAAAAGAAGAAGAAAUGCGAAUUGAGCUUGAAAAAGUCAAAAAAAGACGACAAGAACGAGAAGCUGAAAAGCAAGCUAGAGAAGAUGAAAUGCAACUAAUUCAAAGAGAAAAAGAAGCUGCAUUAUUUUCUGGUUGGACUAAACAAGAAGAUGAGUUUCACUUACAUCAAGCUCGUCUUCGUUCUUCAAUUAGAAUUCGCGAUGGUCGAGCUAAACCUAUUGAUUUGCUUGCUGCUUACAUAAAUCCAAUUGAAGAUGACUUAGAAAUUCAAAUGCAUGAACCAUAUGCUGCCCUUGUCGGUUUAUCAAUAGACGAUUUAGAGGAUGUGAUUGAAGAUAUUAAAAUAUACAUGACAAUUGAUGAUGCCAAAAAUAAAGAAUUUUGGGAGGACAUUACAAUUGUUGUAAAAGAUGAGCUCCAAAAACUUAUCAAGAAGCGAAAUGAAGACUCAACAAGUUCACGGCGUGAUGUUAUAAACUCGUCAGUGCAACAUGAUGUUCAGAACAUUUUUCAUGGAAAAACUUAUGCACAACUUUGUGCACUGCAAAACCAGAUUAAACAAAAAAUUAAUGCAGGAGGUUCAAUUGAUAUUGGGUACUGGGAGUCUUUACUAAAUCAACUAAAAGGUGUAAUGGCAAAAACUCGACUUAAAGAACGUCAUCAAAAUUUUCUUAAAAAAAAGCUUAAUGAACUUAAGAUGGAGUCAACUGCUGUUGGUGUUGACUCUCAUCCAAAUCAAAGUAAAGUUGAAGAUAAGGAUGUUUUAGAAGCAAAUGAAUCAAAGAAAUCUGAACAGCAUUCAAACUUAGAAGACCCUUCAAAACCAGAAAAUCCUGAUGAAGAAAAAAUUGUUGAAGAAAAUGAUGUUGAAGAAGGCUUUGAAAAAGCAGAAAUUCAAAGACUUUCUGCUGCAGAGCUACGACAAAAAGCAAUUGAACUGUACAAUGGGUAUGAUUAUGAACCAACUCUUGUUCCAUUUAAUGAGAUAGAUGAAGAUAAAUGGGUGGAUCCUACAGGAGAUCUUCACAAGCUGAUGUAUUUGCGAGGUCAAGUGAAAGCAGGAUCAACUGUUCAAGAGGAGGAAGAGGCUGAUAAUAUGUUCAAUACUGAAGUUUUAAGAGGUAUGAAUGAAAAUGAAGAAGCUUUUAAUGCACCAGUUGCACUCAAAACACCAUCGACAUAUCUUUGGUCAGAUAAAUAUAAACCCAGGAAACCACGAUUUUUCAAUCGUGUUCAUACGGGUUAUGAAUGGAACAAAUAUAAUCAAACCCAUUAUGACCAAGACAACCCACCUCCAAAAGUUGUGCAAGGUUAUAAAUUCAAUAUAUUUUAUCCUGAUCUCAUUGAUAAAACAAUUACUCCAGAGUAUACACUGACGCAAUGUGAAGACGACGAGGAAUUCUGCAUACUUCGUUUUAAAGCUGGGCCGCCUUACGAAGAUAUAGCUUUUAAAGUUGUCGACCGCGAAUGGGAGUGUUCAAACAGACACGGUUUUCGAUGUCAGUUUUAUAACAAUAUAUUUCAGCUAUACUUUCAUUUCAAACGUUAUCGUUACAGGAGAUAAAAAUAAUUUGUUCAUUUAGUAAUUAUAUUAUAAAAUAUUGUCAAAAAAAUGAGGUCGUUUUUGUAUA